GGACAGGGCGGGACUGGUCGGCGACGCGGGACGAGCUGGAGCUGGAGCUGGGACUCGGCGUCCGUCCGCCCGCCUCCCCGUCGGCUCGGGUCUAGCCCUCCCAGCGAUGCCGUUGUCUACCCGCUGAUCCGAUAAUGCAAUGGCGCUCGAUAGUGCUGGGCCUCCUGCUCUUGAGGCUGGGCCUCCACCUCACGCUAUGGCUCCUCUUCGGCUUUGGACCCAGCAUGGGCUUCUACCGGAGCUUCGUGCCCUUUCGUUUCGGCUUCAGUGUGGUCCGGCAGGCCGAGGCUCAGACCCAGCCCCAGGCCCAGGCCGCCAAGCAGCCGUCAUGGUUCGACCAGACUUGGGUGCGGGGCCAGGUCGCGGAAGGCCACUCCCUGACCAUUGGGGACCCGGUGGUGUGUAAGAGGCGCCCGCCCCCCGCUACCAGGCCCGCUGGCACCGGCUACAAUUUCUUGGACAGUUUCGGGGAGUACAGCCGCAAGUACAGCGCCUUCCCCGAACCGCAGCGCCGCCGCAUGAAGGAGGCCGCCCUUCGCAUGUUCUACUUCGGCUACGAGAACUACAUGGAGCACGCUUUCCCUGAGGACGAACUCAAUCCCAUCGACUGUCGGGGCCGGGGACCUGACCGGGAUAACCCUUCAAACAUAAACAUUAAUGAUGUCCUUGGGAACUAUUCUUUAACACUGAUCGAUGCACUUGAUACAUUAGCGGUUUUGGGCAAUGCUUCAGAGUUCAAAAGAGCAGUGAAGCUUGUAAUUACCACAGUCUCCUUUAAUAAAGAUUCAACCGUGCAAGUCUUUGAAGCAACGAUCAGGAUUUUAGGAAGCCUGCUUUCUGCUCACAUGAUCAUAAUGGAUCCUGCUCAGCCAUUUGGAAACAUGGCUCCAGAGGGUUACGAUGAUGAGUUGCUUCACCUAGCUCGUGAUUUGGCUGUGAGAUUGUUGCCAGCGUUUGAAAACACCAAAACUGGCAUUCCUCAUCCAAGGGUGAAUCUAAAGAAGGGAGUGCCUUCUACUUGUCUUAAUGAAACAUGCACUGCUGGAGCUGGUUCUCUGCUUGUGGAGUUUGGAAUCCUCAGUCGCCUCAUUGGGGAUUCUACAUUUGAGUGGGUAGCUCGCCAAGCAGUGAGAGCUCUCUGGAAGCUGAGAAGUGAUGAGACGGGACUCCUAGGGAAUGUGGUAAAUAUUCAGACUGGACAAUGGGUUGGGAAACAGAGUGGCUUGGGAGCAGGAAUGGACUCUUUCUAUGAGUAUCUUCUGAAAUCCUACAUAUUGUUUGGAGAAAGCGAAGACCUGGAGAUGUUUAAUGCUGCAUAUGAGAGCAUUCAAAAUCAUCUGAGAAGAGGGCGUGAAGCGUGUAAUGAGGGAGAGGGAGAUCCUCCGCUUUAUGUUAAUGUGAAUAUGCUGAACGGCCAACUAAUGAAUACAUGGAUUGAUUCACUACAGGCCUUUUUCCCCGGUCUUCAGGUUUUGACAGGUGAUGUAGAAGAUGCUAUUUGCCUUCAUGCAUUCUAUUAUGCCAUAUGGAAACGGUACGGGGCUCUUCCAGAACGAUAUAACUGGCAGCUUCAAGCACCUGAUAUAAUGUUUUACCCACUGAGGCCUGAAUUAGUUGAGUCGACUUAUCUACUGUAUCAGGCAACAAAAAACCCUUUCUACUUGCAUGUGGGAAUGGAUAUCCUUCAGAGUCUGGAGAAGUACACCAAAGUCAGAUGUGGUUAUGCUACACUUCAUCAUGUAAUAGACAAGUCAAAGGAAGAUCGAAUGGAGAGCUUCUUUCUCAGUGAGACCUGUAAAUAUUUGUAUUUGCUAUUUGAUGAAGAUAACCCAUUGCACAGAUCAGGGAGCAAAUAUCUUUUUACAACAGAAGGCCAUAUUUUGCCAAUAGAUAAGAUUUUCAGAGAAAAGUCAUGGGAAGAUACCACCUCAAAAGAAGAGGGUUUUGUAGAUAACUCUGGUGAGCUGGACCACAGACCUGCUAAUUCCAGCAUUAAUUGUAGCAGGGUCCCCAGUGAGCGGAGAUAUGCACUGCCUUUGAAAGGAGUUUACAUGCAGCAGAUUGACCAGAUGGUGGGACUUCUUUAAUCCAACCUCAUCUCUUAUGCACAAAUGUACAGGGACUUACUUCAGCUAUGCAAUUUUUAUUUUUUUGUAUAUAAAUGUGUUAGCAUUUAUUUAUUGAUUUUUACAACAUCUCUGAAAAUAUUUCUAGGACUUGUAAUAUCAAAGCAGAGAUGAAAAUACAUCUGCACCUUGCUUCUAUGCAAGGGGGAAAAAGGCUUUGUUAAAAUAGAUUGUUUUUGAUGCAAGGUGUCUUCUAUGAAGACAUAAAAUUAAUAUUUUGUCUACAGUGCUUAUCUAGAAAAAGAUAAAAUGUAAAAGACUUGUGCUAGACAUUUGUUUAAAUCCACUUCUGUUAGUGUGCCCUAUCUUAAAUAUGCAGCAGUGUGAAAUAGGAAAGAUUCAAUGAAAAUUGAUAUCCAUUUUUUUUUACUGAUGCGUUUGCUUUGCAUUGUUGUAAGAAUCAAGCAAUGCUCUAAAGAACUGGACUGGAAAUAUCAUUAAUACAGCCUUGAGUCUAAUGGUCUAAUGUUGGGUGCCUUGUGUCUAUAGCAAAAGAAAAUUUAAUCAACUUUGGUUUUGGUUAAUGUGCCUUCAAACUAUCAGUGUAUUUAACAAAAAUAUCUGGUGUCAUGUCUGUCUGGGCAUCAAACUACAUUGUUUUAUGUUAGCGCUUUAAUGUGUGUUCCAUGUACAUUAAUUAGAUUGUUUGGUUCCAGGCUAAUUGAAGACUGUUUAUAACAUAGUUUGCCAUAAUCACACUCAUUAACUUCAUUAUGAUUUAUUUUUAUGGAUGAUUUUAUGUGAUCUGUGUUCAGAAAGUAAAGCUCGUUUGCAUCUUGUUGAUACAUAUGUAAAAACAGCUGAGGUGUCACUGAGUGCUAUAACGUGGCACAAAGCAUCCAUAACUUUGAUUGUUUGAAGGGAAUUUUGGAAUUCUGUUCAUUACUUCACUCACGUUGAUGCAAAUAUGUUUGAGUGCGAUGAAAUUUGCAUCAAAUCAACAUGCUUACAAUUCCUUCAGAAGGCCAUCUUAAAAUAGUUGGAUUUCAUUUUGCUAGCAUUUGCUUCCCAUAACUUCUAUCAAAUUAUAAAUGCUAACUGUGAACUCCACUACUCACUCUGCUCUUCUGCAACAAUAAUCAACCUGUCAAGCGUCAUGAUGAAAAUUAACUUUCCACAAAUAGGCAAUUACUUCAUUACAAUCCCCAUUUUGUGUCUUGGUUUGACCUUGGAUGGGGAUGGUUUAAGUGGAAUUGAUCAGGCUAUUGCAGUGGAAUAUUUAUUAACCUCUUCACAAAGCAGAAUUUUUACAUUUCCCGCACUCUUAAUUGGUAAUUUCCCAAUAUAUAUUGUAUUUGAACAACUGUCUUUAAAAUUGCACACUCAUAUUAAACUAAACCACAUUUCUUCUUGUGAGGUUGUGUGAGCAUGCGUUUGUGCACACUUUUUUUGCUCUGUUCUGUCAUUAUAAAGUCCAUGUGCGAAAUUAUGAAUACUUAAGGACCCCUAGCCUGUGUUCAACCACACUACUAUUUAGUUUUUCUAAGUUGUAGGAUGAAGAGAGUGGAGGAAGUUAACUUAUCCCAAGUGUGACUAGAUGAGUCCAUAAGCUAAAGUUUAAUAUUUUAAGAACAAACAUUUGUGUAGUUUGUGGUGGUGAUGGUGUGCCUUAGUGUGGAAGUUAACUCGGGGUAUCCAGAUUAGCCAAAGGAAAUUAGGGUGAACAUUGAUAAUGCCACGUGGCAACACCUUGUUACUUCCAGUCUGUGAUUACCUCUAACUGAGCUUCAGCAGCUAUCUCUUGCCAUCAUCGCUUACAUUAGUAAUGCUCCAUUGCUCAGUCAUCGUAUUUCCAAAUGUAGGAGGCCUGUAUUCUUGUAUUCAACAGCAUUCUCAGUUUGCCGUUGUUGCUCUGACCCCACCCCUCUGCUCUCCCCUCCCAUUCACUUUUUAAACUUGGCUUUCCUCUCACCAUCCUGUCUUUCAUUAACAGCCCUGCCCAUCUCUCUCACCCCCUGGCCCACGCUCCACCAAACUGACUCCCCCUAUUCCCCACAUUCUUUCCUUGUUCAUUUCUCACCUUCUGUGCAUUCCCUCUCUCUGUUCCCUACUCCAUCGUGGCCCAUAUCCGUUCUUCUCCCCAAAGAUAAAUAAUUUGGUUUCUGUUCAGUCUUUCCCAGAGAUUGGGAAAUCAUGGCCCAGCCCUGUUCCCUCCCUCCAGGAGUGAGCUGCAGUCUUCACUAAAGAACGUCAUUUAUUCUUUGCAGAUCAAUUAAUAUUACUUUAAUAUAUUUUUACUUAAUAUAUUUGAAUAAGUUUACCUGUUUUUUUCCCAACCCACAAUUUACCUGCUGUUUUAAUGUUAUCAGUGGCUUUAUGUUAACCAUUGUGCAAUCAGCAGAAACCUCCAGAUCCCCAUACUUAUGUGAGAGUAAAAAAAUGUCAGAUUAGGGCAUGAUCAUAUAAGACUCUCCUUUCUGUAAUGUGUGCAAUGAUGAUGCCAAAUUUUUAGGUAUGAUGGCCAAAAUUAUGAUUUAUAUUCCUAUUGGUCCUUUUACAUAAUUGACCAAUUGCAGCGGUAGAGGUGACAAAGUGCAAAAGAUCUGCCUCAUUUUUAACUUGUAAGUAAAGGUUUCUUGUCAAACAUUGUUUUCUUACAGAUAAUAGUAUUUACUCGAAAGCAGGAUGUUUAAUAUAAAGAACAAUGCUAAACUAUCAAUGUUUACCAAAAUCAAUGUGCAAUACACUGUUGUAUAGAAGGAAAAGUUUAAAAUAAAAUAAAUUUUAUUUUCCCAGAAAUGAGCAAUGGUAUUAAAAUUGUCAAAGGACCAAACAAAUGUCAAUAAAAAUACAAUGCCAUUGUU